CCCUGGUACGCGCGUCCGCGCCCCUGGUACGCGCGUCCGCGCCGUUGUGUGUACCACGGCGCUUUUGUCGAGUACCUUCACCUUGCCUGACAUAUCUUGCGGGCCCGGAAAAACGUCCAUGUUUCAACAUGAAUAAUUUGCUUGUCAUGCGCGCAUCAAAUGUCCAUGAAAAGAUGAUUCGGUCGUUUCUGUUCACGCACUAUUGGCCGCGGGAACCGAGUAUCACCGCGCUGUGGAUGUCGGCCUGUAGCAAGUACGUCGAUGUCCUCAAUGAUAAGUACGCUUCCUUUGGCUUUCGAUACAUAGCUUUUGAAAAACUACGGCGCACGAACGAGCUCAAAAUGGUGGGGGUACUGGUAGGCAACAAGGUAUUUCCCUGGAGUGCGGAAGAGUUGGAGCAGUGGACGUUGCUCACCGAUAGCCCCCCGGAGCAGACUCACAUGUUCUUCAGGGCCCACGUCCUUCGGAGCUCUAAUUUGUUUGCCACGUACAACUGUUCAUAUGUUUAUGAAUUGGAGGUGCUAGCGACGGCGGGGGAGGUAAUGGGGCUAGGAGUGGGUACGGAGCUUGUAAAAUUUGCCUUGAACGAUGCGUACGAUCAGAGGAUCCCCGUGACAUCACUCGUCGCGACUUCACAUUAUGCGGCGAAGAUUUGCAAGAAGGUCGGCAUGACACGCGUCUGGUCCUGUGACUACAGAGAUAUGGUGGACCAUAAGGGCAAUCCGGUUUUCUUCCCGCGGGCACCACAUACUAGUGUCAGUGUGUACGCAAUACGCACAGAAAAACGACUUUAAUCAAUAAAAUAGUAGCGGUUAAACUAGUCAUGUAAGGCUCAACUCACACUGGCGCAGAGUCGAAGCGUCGCGACGCGUUAUGUUUUUCGCCUAGGGUACGAGUAUAUGCAUCUCUAUUUUCCCACUAUCAAGGUACAAA